AUGGCAUUAGUUCCUGAAGUAGAUAACCCAUCGGACCUGCUCAGUGUAGGAAGAAGGCAUUAUGCUGUGCGUGACUUCAGUAGUGCAGUAGAAACACUGGCUAGAGCUUGUGAAAUUCUCGCCAAAAAUCAUGGAGACACAGCAGAUGAGUGUGCUGAUGCAUACCUAUGGUAUGGGAAGAGUCUUUUGGGUUUAUCUAGAGAAGAGAGUGGGGUUCUCGGAGAUGGUGUGCCAGGUGUUGGAAAUGCUGAUAAUGAAGAUGAAGAGAAUGAAGAUCAAGAAGAAGACGAUGAUGAAGAGGAUGAAAAAAAUGGUGAAAAUGCAAUAGAAUCUGAAGCAUUAGCCUCUGAACUGGAUGCACCUAAGCCAGAGUCGACAAUGAAAGAGGAAGAAAGCAAAGAUGCAGGGUCUGAAGCAAAUGACUCUAAGAAUGAACCAGGUCCUUCUAAUGGUGAAGUUAAUGAUGAAUCAGAAGUGAAUUUGGACAAUGAAGAUGAUGUAGAUAACUUACAACUGGCUUGGGAAAUGCUUGAUUUGGCCCGUAGUAUCUUACAGCGACGCGUGCAGGAAAAGGGUGAUGUUCCAGCUCGUAGCUUAUUGGCUGAAGUGUAUCUCACGUUGGGUGAAGUUGCGCUAGAAAGCGAAACUUACGACAAAGCAGUCAUUGAUAUGCAAAGCUGCUUGGAACUACAGAAAGAAGUGUAUAUGGAUUAUGAUAGAAGAAUUGCAGAGACACACUAUCAAAUUGGCUUAGCAAACUCAUUGGCUUCUAACUUCGAAGACGCCAUUACUCAUUUCAAGAACGCCGCGAACAUCCUCGAAACUCGUAUCAAGAUGCUGGAGAAUCCCGAAACGGCUAAGAAUUUCGAAGCUUCCGACCCAUUCUAUUCCAUUGAGGCUGAGAUUAAGGAGCUAAAGGAACUUUUGCCUGAAAUAAAAGAGAAAAUACAAGACAUGAUGGAUUAUAAAGCAGAGACGAUAAAACGGGUGCGAGAUGCGUUAUGCCCCUCUAACGGCGAAGGGGCUUCUUCUUCGAAUACUAAUGGCGCUGGAGAGAGUAGUAGCACAAUUCAACCUAAACCGGCUGCUUCAGAUAUCUCUCAUCUUAUCAAGAGGAAACGGAAGUCAAGCGAAGGCGACGCAAACGCAUCCGCACCGAAACGUGCGAACACGUGA